CACCCCUCCCGCAUCUGUUCCCUCACUGUCAACAUGGCGGGUGUAGAGUGAGGCGCAUGUAUAAACUUUACAUUGAUAAUUGAUUUCUUACUCUAUUUAUUCUCUUUACGUGAAAGAAAGCCAUCGAACAAAACAUGUCCCGCCACAGGAAUGUACGAGGGUAUAACUACGACGAAGAUUUUGAUGACGAUGACGUGUACGGACAGUCCUUGGAAGAUGACUACUGCAUUUCACCUGCCACUGCUGCUCAGUUUAUCUAUUCGCGGCAAGACUCAAGGCAUGCACGACAAGUGGAACCACUAGAGGAGGCAGAAGAUGAGGAAGAGGAGGAGAUGCCAACCUCACCCGCAAUCACACACACACUUGACCCUCUCGAGCAAGGUCGGUUGUAUUCCUGUUUGGAUCAAAUGAGAGCAGUGCUGGGAGACUCGUUUCCAGAUGCCACGCUGACCCAAGCAGCUCUGAAGUACGAUUAUGAUCCUCAAAGAGCCCUUGACUUUAUUCUGACUGAAGAGAAAACCAAUACAAACACCCUUCCAACCAGAACCAACCAACAGCCAGAGCCUGUUACGAUUCCUGCACCGCAAAAAGGAGCCUUAUUACCUUCUUUACACAAUAGGACAAAUACUGUAAAAAAUACACAAACAACAUGCAAACCACUGAUACCGGACCGUGCGCAGUCCUAUAGCCUUAAAGAUUUGUUAGCCCAGUCUGAGACAAACAAAACCAUAACCGCUGCUCAAACAUUUCCCCCUAGUCUGGGGAGCUUGGUAAACGGUGGUUUAAAAGCAGUUUCAAGUCAAAAUUUGGGAAAGUCAAAUGAGGGACAAUCUAGUGCUUUAGGACAAAGUUCACUGGCCCAGCUAAUAGCUGAGCAUGGACAGAAAAGUGCUAAUGUGCCCCCGCUUGUCCCCUCCAAUGGUCUCACGUUGGACUACACUUUUCCUCUCACUUCCAGUCUUACCCAAGGCCCUAAAGUUCCUUUUGGUUUAUGUCCAAAUCCAACCGUCCCACUAUCUGCUGCUCUGUCUCAUGGUCCUAGUGCCCCACUAAACUCCAUGAUCUCUCUUGGUUCUGGUGCAACUUUUUCUACUGGUCCGUCUUUGGAAACCUUAACUUCUAUACCGUCUAGUCUCAGUAUAACAUCCACCCCAUCUCUACUCACUUGCUCACUAAAUAGUCUGACGCUGCAGGACCCUCGGGGGUCCACUCCUCUUUCUGUCUCUUUAGGAAGUUUGAGCUCUGUCCUGCAAAACAGUGGGCCAUUGGGAAUACCUGGGCCUGAUAAAAACCGUGGGGUUGGAGGUCAGGGAAGUCCGUCAUUAGCUGAUCUUAUUCAAGAGCAUCAGGGCAGUAGUCCUGAACUCUAUGACUGCAUGCCAGGACCCCAAAAUGCAUUUGAUUCGCGUACAAACAUUUCACACCCUACAAAAGCUCCUCCUGGCUUUUUAGGGGCACCAUCCCUAUUUGACCUCAUAUCCCAAAGCCAAGGACUCCAGCUUCCAGCAUCCUCGGCGUCUCGCGAAAUUGGAAAUGACAAAGGGAGGCUAUACGACAAAUCUACGAUGACUGUGCCUAAGCCCCGCCCACUAAGUUUAAAUCCGAAUGUUGAUCUUAGCACGCUCAUGUCCCAAACAUCUCCCGACGUUUCUCCAGGUUGCCAAGAAAAGCGCUUGCCAGUCUUUUUAAGUUUACACAUCUCCGCUAGUCAGAAAAAAGGUGUAUUUGCAGAACCGUCCAUUUUUGCGUUGGCAAUGUGCGUGCGUGGAAGAAGACGGAAGAGCUUGCGAAGUAAAGCAGCAAGACAUAACGCUUUCCUAUAUAGCAAGCAGAUGGAAACCGUUAAAGAACGAGUGCAGUGUGCACCUCUCCAUCACAUCACUCCUUUUAACUUCGACACGCCCUCUCCGGAUGACAUUGUUAAGGCGAAUCAAAGAAAAGCUUUUACCCGGGAAUGACAAAAUUAGUCGAUCCCACUAUCACUGUUGAUAGUACUCUACGUUUUAAAGGUAAAAACUCUUUAAAACAUCUUAAGUCUGAACUUUCUCAAGUUUAAGUGGGUAGUUUAGGCUUAGGUUUAUUUUAUAUGUCCCUGUAUUAUAACACUUAAUAUUUCACAACACAGCAGUGGUUACAUUUCCUUCAUAACAUGCACACGUUGAUUGUAGACCUUCAUUUAGAGCUCUGAAAUUAUUUAAAAUGCAUUUACAUUUUUUUAAAAAUCGAAUUGAUCUCAAUUUUUAAAUCUAAUGAAUGACGAAGAAACAUGGCACUGAAUUGUAAUAAAGGACAAUUUUUGAUAUUAAGAUAUCACAAGACAUCUAAUAGUCCUUUAUGACUAGUAUUAUAUUAAAGAUUUAUCUUACGAAUUUUUAUUUCCUGUUUAGUUUACAUAUUCACAGGAGCUCUUUUUUAUUUAUACAUAAUUCAUUUUGAUAUCUUGCCGAUGAAAUGCUAGACUGAAUGUGAAGUAUAGCAAAAAGAAAUGAUGUAAAGGAAAACAACAGAAACCUCUCUGUACAGCUGUUCUGUUGUAUUUUGAAAUGAGGAGCAGCUCUGGUUUACCACAAACACAGAAUUGGGAGACUUUUGGGUUCGGGGGACACCUGGAGUUUUUCCUAUUGCAUCUUUUGCCACACCUAAGCUCAAACUCGGCACUGUAAAGGUGCAUUUUAGUUAUUAUAACUGAUGUUUAGUAAAUAUUUUUCUACUUUUUUUUACAUAUUCGCUGCCUUUUUAAGUUGUUUUUAAGCACUGAUGUACAUUUUGUUUGUAAAAUUUGUAUAGAUUCUGAAAUAAAGAUUUUCUCAUUUCA